AUGCCUGUCAAGAGAAUCGCCCAGAUCGUUCACCUUAAGCCCUCCGCCGUGGCAGCUUAUAAAGAAUGCCACGCGAAUGUCUGGCCCGAAGUCCUGCAGCAGAUCAAGGACUGCAACAUUUGCGACUAUUCGAUUUUCUUCGAUAAUGACCGGACGUUGUUUGCCACAUUUAAAUAUGUCGGCGAGGACUUUGAGGACGAUAUGGAGCGAAUGAGAGCGAACCCCAAGGUCAGAGAAUGGUGGGCUAUGACAGACGGGAUGCAGGAGAGCCCCAUCCCCGGAGCUGUUGGCAGUGCCGAAGGGCCUGGGUGGUGGAAGGUCCUUGAUGAGGUCUUCUACACCGAAUGA